AUGUUCACCAUAAUGGCACCUGUAGGUGUAGCUAAACUGCGGGCUUGGCCCCUCCUGUUAUUUCUUUGCUUGACACUACGUGCUGGCAUGCUUCAGUUUGUUGCAGCCACGAUACAAGGGUACAUUGGAGAGAGGGACAUGAUAUGCCCAUCUGUAUGCAGAUGCGAUGAGGAUUUUAUCUACUGUAAUGACCGUGGGCUCAGCUCCAUCCCAUCACUGCCUGCUUCUGCGUCUGUCCUCUACCUUCAGAACAACCACAUAAACAACCCAGGCUUGCCGACUUCCUUGGAACGCCAGCUUACCGUCCGUGUGGUCUACCUCUAUGAUAACGAACUCGAUGAAUUCCCUGUGCACCUGCCACCAUCGGUCCGUGAACUGCAUUUGCAGGACAACAACAUCCGCACCAUUCCUCGUAGUGCACUGGCUCGAAUGCCCUUGCUAGAGAAGCUCCAUUUGGAUGACAACUCUAUUUCCACUGUCAGUAUUGAGGACCAAGCCUUUGCUGACAACCCACGGUUGCGCCUGCUUUUCCUUUCACGCAACCAUCUGUCUAGUAUCCCCUCAGGACUGCCUGCCUCUCUGGAAGAACUCCGUCUGGAUGACAACCGAAUCUCCACAAUCCCAACCCAUGCCUUCCGAGGCCUCACCUCACUUAGAUGUCUAGUCCUGGAUGGGAAUCUUUUGGCCAACCAGCGCAUUGCUGAUGACACAUUCUCACGCCUUUCCAACUUGACUGAGUUGUCCUUAGUCCGUAACUCCCUCCAGACCCCACCUGUCAACCUGCCCAGUGCCCAUCUACAGCGCCUUUCUCUACAGGACAAUGCCUUGACUCAUAUGCCACGUGGUUCCUUGGAUAGCAUGCGCAGGCUGCUGAGGCUGGACCUGUCGGGAAAUAACCUGACCACCCUGCCGAGGGGACUGUUUAAAGACCUGGACAGCCUGGGUCAGCUGCUGGUGCGAGGUAAUCCUUGGCACUGUGGCUGUAACCUGCGCUGGCUGUAUGACUGGCUGCAUGCCCGUGGUAACUCCAUCACUGUCAGAGGUCUCACCUGCCAUGGACCUGACAGGGUGCGAGAUAUGGCUUUGACAGACUUGGGCAGCGAGAUGGAGGAGUGUGAGGUGGUGAGGACAGCAGGCACCAGAGACAGAGUGGGUGGAGGUGGAGUUGAUAGCUCUACCACCAACACCCCUCCACAGGGCUCUCUUUUCACCCUCCGCUCAAAGCGACCUGGCCUGGGGCUUCCUGACUCUGGCUUAGAUUACACUCUCAGCAGCAGCGGUGUGGGAAAGAGCCUGGCCCUCAAUGUGAAGCCUCUCUCUCAUAACAGCGUUCGUGUAACCUGGAGCGUGGCCCAACCCAGCUCCUCCUUCAGGCUGAGCUGGCUCCGACUGGGUACUGGUAACGCCAUGGGGUCUAUCACAGAGACGCUGGUCCGGGGCGAUCGUCGGGAGUACCUGCUAACCUCCUUGCAACCGCGCUCCAGCUACAUUAUCUGCAUGGUGCCCCUAGCGGCCAGUUCAGAAAGCAAAGGGGCAAUUUCUGGAGACGCUGACUCGGAUGAAGCUCUUGUGUGUGCAAAAGCUGAAACAUCAGACAUCAUCCCAGUGGAGGAGGUGGAGGAUGAAGAUUCACAGCAAAUGACAGUGCUGCCUCUGGCAGGGAUUAUUGGUGGAGCUACUGCCAUUGUAUGUUUGACUCUUAUAUUUGGCGUCUUCUGUUGGUAUGGACAUAAGAGUGGCCAUUUGUGUUCCCGUGACCAUUACACUCGCAACAGCUCCCGAAAGAGCAAAAGCAAGACCUAUGAUGAUUACAUUGAGUCAGGCACGAAGAAGGACAAUACCAUCUUGGAGAUCCGUGGUCCGGGGUUCCAGAUGACGCCUAUGGCGGCUUGCCAACCAAUGCAGCCUAAACCCCUACAAGAGGAUUACAUCAUUCAUACCAUAUUCCCCUCCAAUGGCACUGGCCUGUACAAAGGUGCCAACCAUGUUUCUAAUGCAGGACAUGGCACCAACCGGGGCUAUAGAGAAGGAGGAAUCCCAGAUAUAGACUACUGCUAUACAUGA